AUGUCAAGUGCAACACUAAAACGGAUCCUCCACCGGGCCCUAUACCCCAAACCCGACUCGACCCAUUCAAUAUCUCUCUUCACCACCGUCUCUUCAUCGCCAGAUCCUCUCGUCACCGACGCUGUCGCAAUCCUAACUCACCGCCGCUGCAAAUCCCGAUGGUCUACUCUCCGAUCACUCACCCCUCCCGGCUUCACUCCUUCCCAAUUCUCCGACAUCAUUCUCCGCCUCCGCAACAACCCUCACCUCUCUCUCCACUUCUUCCUCUUCACCCGCCGCAACUCUCUCUGCUCUCACGACGUCGAUUCCUACUCGACUCUAACUCACAUCCUCGCUCGAUCUCGUCUCAAAAGCCACGCUCGCGACGUACUCCGCCUCGCUCUCCGUCUCGCCUCCGACGACGACGGCGAAGAUCGUAUCUCGAAAGUGUUCCGUUCGUUGAUCAAGAGUUACAAUCGAUGUGGUUCUGCGCCCUUCGUCUUCGAUUUGCUGGUAAAAUCGUGUCUUGAUUCCAAAGAGAUCAAUGGAGCUUUGAUGGUAAUGAGGAAGUUGAAGUCUAGAGGAAUCACUUUACAGAUUAGUACUCGCAAUGCUUUGAUUUCAGAGGUCUCUAGGCGUAGAGAUGCUUCCACUGGAUAUAAGUUAUAUAGACAAGUUUUUGGAUUAGAUGAUGUUACUAGUGUUGAUAAGAUUAAGCCUAAUGUCAACACUUUUAACUUGAUGAUGGUGAGUUUCUACAGAGAACGUAAAACAGAGAUGGUGGAGAGGAUCUGGAGAGAAAUGGAUGAAGAAGUUGGAUGCGUUCCAAAUGCUUAUAGCUAUAGUCUUUUGAUGGAGACAUAUUUUGCGCGAGGUAUGAUGAUUGAAGCAGAGAAGAUUUGGGAAAAGAUGAGGUUAAAAGGAGUUGUUUAUGAUGUUGUAGCUUAUAACACUAUGAUUGGUGGGCUUUGUAGUAACUUAGAGGUUACUAAAGCCAAGGAGCUUUACGGUGAGAUGGGUUCGAGGGAAAUAGAGUCUACUUCUCUAACCUAUGAUCAUCUCGUUAGAGGGUAUUGUAAAGUGAAGGAUGUUGAUUCAGCUAUGGUUGUUUAUAGGGAGAUGAAAAGGAAGAGUUUUGAAGCAGAGGGUUUAACCAUUGAAUCGUUAGUUGAAGAAUUAUGUGAUGAUAACAAAGACAGAGCUGUUGAAGCGGCAGAGAUCGUGAAGGAAGCUGUGAGAGAAUCAGAGUUUCUUCCUAGUCAGAAAUGUUACGAGUUGCUGAUAAAGAGGUUGUGUGUUGAAGGCAAGAUGGAUAGAGCAUUGAGCAUUCAGGCCGAGAUGGUUGGAAGAGGAUUUAAACCUAACCAAGAGACGUAUAAUGCUUUUAUCGACGGGUAUGGAAGAGCAGGUGAUGAAGAUACAUCUUCAUUGUUGGCUAUAGAAAUGGCUGAAUCACUCAAGCUAAGAGCUGAAGAAGAAUAA